CCGGAAUGGCGUCAGUUUCCAAAACACACACACAGGCCAGCAACCACCCACAUUUCACAGCCUAUCGGCUUCCGCGUUUCAAACCGCCUCAUUCCUUGUUCGUCAGCAACGCAGUCGAAGUCAAAGGCCGCCUGGAAACCGUUCGUAAGGAGUCGAGUAGGGGGGAUUGAAGAUAAAGCUAAAAAUUUAGAAAAACUGAACAAGCUUUCAAUUUAAAGACAAACGUCACUUGUUCCGUAAUGCAUCGCUUGCAAAAAUGAGGAGCGCCUAGACCUUUUAUAUGCGCGACGACAGGAGGCACGAAUUUUUUUUUCCCUUCCGAUCUGGGGUAUUCAGGAAUUAAGAGACAGUAUUGGUGUGUAUGAUGUGUGUUGCUUUGUCGGAUAUUUCCGGACGGUAGUCUGUUGAGUAGCAAGGCCUCAAAUGGGAAAACCAAGCCUAGGACUGGAGUAUCGAGACUAAGCGAGGAGACGCCGUAAAGAUUUUCGCGAAGGAUUUUCUUAACCUCAUUGCACCAGAUAUUUGUCGGAUUUAAAACGAACUCCACUGAAGACAACCAUGGAAUCGACGGUUGAUGACGAUGCGAUGGAGCCGUGAAUGAAGUUGGCGUGGCGAAAGCUAAAUGAUGCCCAAGGGUGGGGGAUCUAAAACACCCCAGCUGGAGGAUUUCCCACUCAACACCGACAUGGUGGAGAAGCAGACUGGGAAAAAGGAUAAAGAUAAAGUCUCUUUAAACAAGACUCCAAAGCUGGACCGAAAUGAUGGAGGAAAAGAGAUGAAAGAGAAAGCUCCGAAGAGGAAACUGCCUUUUACCGUUGGAGCCAAUGGAGACCAGAAGGAUUCUGACUCGGAUUCUGACCCCGGCCUGUCCUCGGAGGCUUGGGAUCACCAGUGUGCUGCCGCCUCGCUCUCUGCUCACAGGCCGCACUCAGAGAAGCAAGGUCCAGAAAGGAAGCGGAUUAAAAAGGAACCCACCAACACCAGGAAGUCCGGCUUGGCGUUUGGGAUGGGGCUGCCAGGAAUCCGAGCUGGCUAUCCACUCUCUGAGCGUCAGCAGGUUGCUCUUCUUAUGCAGAUGACUGCUGAGGAAUCUGUAAACAGUCCAGACACAACACCAAAGCACCCGUCGCAGUCUAAUCUGGGUCAGAAGGGAACGCCAAACUCUGCCUCAAAAACCAAAGAUAAAGUUAAUAAACGCAAUGAGAGGGGCGAGACGAGGCUGCACCGCGCCGCUAUCCGGGGAGAAAUACGCAGGAUAAAAGAGCUCAUCAGUGAGGGAGCUGACGUGAAUGUAAAAGACUUUGCAGGCUGGACUGCUCUGCAUGAGGCCUGCAACAGGGGCUACUAUGAUGUGGCUAAGCAGCUGCUGGCAGCCGGGGCAGAAGUCAACACAAAAGGUUUAGAUGACGACACCCCUCUACAUGACGCGUCCAGCAACGGGCACUUCAAGGUGGUGAAGCUGCUUUUGCGAUAUGGAGGGGACCCUCGUCAAAGUAACAGAAAGGGCGAAACGCCAUUAAAAGUAGCGAACUCCCCAACCAUGCUGAAUCUCUUGCUAGGAAAAGGCACUUAUACCUCAAGUGAGGAGAGUUCUUCGGAAUCUUCAGAAGAGGAGGAUGCUCCAUCGUUUGCGCCGUCCAGUUCUGUUGAUGGCAAUAAUACAGACUCGGAGUUUGAAAAGGGCCUGAAGCUGAAAGGGAAGAACCUUGACCAGCCUAAACCUACGCCCACACCUGUGAAGGAUGAGUAUGAGUUUGACGAAGAUGACGAGGAGGAGAGAGUUCCCCCAGUCGACGACAAGCAUCUACUCAAGAAGGAUUUCCGCAAGGACACGCUGAGCAAAGCUAACAGCUUCAUUUCCAUCACUAAAGAGGUCAAAACCUAUUCCAAAAGCAACUCGCUCACACCAAAGAAGACUGCACGGCGGAUCCUCUCUGACACAAACAGCUCAGAUGAGGAUGAGCAAACCUUGUGUUUUUCCCCAACGCCCACAACAAGGCAGCCUCCACCACCUGCCAGCACCAAGGGCAGGGAAUCUGCAGCCAUGACCUCCAAGCAACAGAAAGAAAAAAGUAAAGUAAAAAAGAAGAGAAAGAAGGAGACAAAAAAUAACACCAGCAAGGAGGUGCGGUUCGGCAAACUAAAUGACAAAUUCUGCACAUCCGAGUCAGAGAGUGAGGACAUGGAAAGCGAGGAUGAUAAGGGCUCAGUUCUGAGCUCAAGCUGUGUCAAGGACUCUUCUGCCUUGAGCCUUAAAGAGGCAUCUGUUUUCAGCUCACUAUCUGCCUCUUCUUCUUCCUCCUCUCAUGGGAGCUUGGCCUCCCAGAAACUCACGUCCUUAGCGGAGCAGCACCCAAAGCAGUGGAGGACAGAUGGCUGGAAGACUAUCUCCUCCCCAGUUUGGUCUGAUGUAAGCUCCCUCUCGGACAGAUCUGGGUUAUCCAGUGAGACUGAUUAUUCUUCGGAAGAUUCAAGCUUAGAGUCAGUAAAGCAAAUGAAGAAGAAACAGCAGGAGAGCAAAAAGAAGAAUAAUGCCCAUACUAACACAUCUGAGAAAAAGAGCUCCACAGAUUUUUACAAGAACUCCAACACUGAUGGAUCGGUCUCCAAAAUGGACAAGGAUGGCAAAGUGUUAAAAAAGCAUAAAGUAAAACACAAACACAAAAACAAGGAGAAAGAAAAGGCUCCCAGCCUGGUGCUUAAUCAGGACAUGAAUGAAAAGUUUGUCAAGAGCUUUACCUUUGAUUUUGAUGACACUGGGCAAAAAUCAUUGAUAGUGGAGACAGAGACUUCUGCAGAAAACAAAGUCAAAAUUUCCAGACAUGACAAAGAACAUUUUAAAAAGGAAGACCGAUUAUCCAAGGGUAAGUCUGAAGACAAAGAUUGGACCUCUGCUAAAGUUGCUAAAGAGGAAAAAUCUAAGAAGGCAAAAGAAUCCACAAAGGAGAAAGUCAGUAAGGAAGAGAGGGACAAAACAUUCAAGGCAGACAAAGAAAGAAAUGCAAAGGACAGGGAAAAGCCAAAAGAAGAGAAACAAAAGACUCACAAAGAUGAUAAAAAGAAAAGGUCUAAAGAUAAGUCCUCCAAGACUGAUAAAAAGAAUGAUCAAAAAGAAGAGAAGUAUCUCAAAUCAGAAAAAGAGAAAACCACCAAGGAUGAGAAGGAAAAGUCGAAAAAGGAAAAAGUGUCCAAGGAAGAGCAGGACUAUGAAGAAUUUGACAUCAAGAAUCGCUUUUUAGAACUUGAGGACACCAAACUGAGUGCAUCAGAUGACCCACAUGAAAGAUGGAAUUCAGAUUAUUCAUCUGACUCUUCGCUUUAUGGAGAUGAUAGCUGGGACAAUCCUGUAAAGGACUACAAAGAAUACAAAGCUAACAACUCUGUCAAACUGAUUGUUGAGACCGUAAAAGAAGAGAGUCGAGAUCGAAAGAAGGAAAAUAAAGUCAGAGAAAAGAAGGAACACAGUGAAAAACGGAAUGACAAAGAGACAACAUCCAAAAAGAAAGAAAAGGACAUUCUUGAAAAAAGUGGGGAAAAGAAAAAAGAUUUAGCAGAUAAACAAAAGGUGAUCUCCAGCUACCCAUCAGAAAAGGAGAGAAAGAGGAAGGAAUCUGCAGAGAGUAUCAAAGAGAAAAAAGAAAAGGAUUCAGUUGAGAUCAGUAGAGAGAAAAAAGAAUCCUAUGAGUUUGUAAAAGAAAGAAAAGAUUCCAAAACAAAGCAAGAUGAUUCCAUAAGAGAAGAGUAUGGGAAUGAAGCCUUCUUCAAAGACAAAUCUGAAAAUGAGAGUGCUGGUAAGCUUGGUGAGACCAGGGAGAGGCACCACUCUGGAAAGGACAAAGAGAAGAAGGGGGAGGGUGUGGAAAAGGAGAAAAAGGAAAAAUCAAAAGCUGACAAACACAAGGACAAGCCUAAAGAGAAGGAAAGAAGCUUCAUGGAGCCAGAGAAAGAGAAAAGUGAAAAAUUUCCCACCGAGAAACUUCCCAAAGAGAAAGAUGCAGACCGAAGUUCUAGAGAGAAAAAAGAGGGGACUAAAGAAAAACACAAGGACUCCCACACAAAAGACAAGGAGAGGAAAAUAUCCUCAGACCAAAGCAAAGACAAGAAGGAAAAACAUAGUGACAGGGAUAAGGACUUCUUGGAGUCUAAAAAGGAAGAGAAAAAAUCGGAUAAGGGUAGAGAUAAGACCUGGUAUAAAAUUGCUGACAUCUUUACCGAUGAGAGUGAGGACGAAGAGGAGGAAUACAAUGGGGGAGGUGUUAAAUUUAGUGAUUCCAUGAGAGUGUCUGACACUCCAGAUAGAGAUGAGGUGGAGCUUUUCCAAACAGAAAAACACAGAAAAUACUCCGCUGAUGGAAAGCAGCACUCCACAGAUAAACAGAAGGAAAAGGAAUCUAAAGACAAAAAGAAAGACAAAUCCUUGUUUGACAGUGGAAGAGAUAAGAAAACCUCUGUGGAAAAACACAAAGAUAAAAAAGAGAAGGACUCUGGAGAUGGUAAGCAUAAGGAACGCAAGGAGCGGGUAUCGGUAGACUCAAACCAGGAGAAGAAAAACAAACAGAAGCUCCCAGACAAGAGGCAUUCAAGUGAGGAGAAGCCAAAGGGCAAGUACAAAGACAAGCCAGAAAAAGACCACCUGAAGGACAGGAAGCUGUCCAAGGGAAACGGUGAAACUGAGAAGUCCCUCUUGGAAAAGCUUGAAGAGGAAGCUUUGAUCGAUUACAAAGAUGAUUCCAAUGACAAAAUCAGCGAAAUCUCAUCAGACAGUUUUACAGACAGGGGCCAUGAGCCGCCACUCAGCAGCUUCUAUGAUUCCUCCAGUGUGAGUCUGCCUGACAUCUCUGAGGAAAGAAGAGACUCGCUCUCCAUAUCCUACCCUCAGGACAAGUUCAAGGAAAAGGAGAGACACAGACAUUCCUCCUCCUCUUCUUCCAAGAAGAGCCACGAUAAGGAAAAAGACAAAGUUAAGAAGGAUAAGGCAGAUAAGAGGGACAAGUCAGAAGAGAUCAAGGAAAUUUAUGGUCGAAGGGAAAGCUUGCCUUUUGAAAAAGAGCCAAUGCCUUUAGAGGCUGAUCCUUACACUUUUCCUUAUGGAGCAAAGCCUGAUGGAGAGGAUGAUAUAGACAAGACCCUUGAGUUUGAGAAAGAGAUGUCUAAAAAGGCUGAAAAAGAUAAAGCCAGCAGUGUUGUCACUAGCGAAAAAGUUAAAGACAAGGACAAGAAGAAGAAGGACAAACAUAAAGAAAAAAUUAAAGAUGAAAAACACAAGUACACAGACAAUUUUGGAUCUUUCAAACAUUCAAAAGAAGUCACGUUGAAAGAGAGUCCCCAAGUGACCAUUUUAAAAGACAAGUCUAAAGAAGAGACUCCUAAAUUUGAAGCAAAAUUCAAGGAUAGAAGUAAAGACAACACAGACAAAGACAGUCGUACCGAGUAUGUAAAGACCAAGUUAAAAGAUGAGAAUGACAGGACCAUUCAGUCCAAAGAUGCAUCUCGGAAAGAAUGCCGUCCAAGGGAAAAGCUGCUAGUUGAUGGUGAUCUCAGGUUGACUAGUUUUGGAAAAAUGUUGAGUCAAAAGGACCAGGAAAUUGAGGAGCGCCAUAAAAGACAUAAAGAAAGAAUGAAGCAGAUGGAUAAAUUGAGACACAGGUCUGGGGAUCCCAAACUUAAAGACAAAGCAAAAUCCAGCGAUGACCUUCGUAAAAGGAGCCUUGACUUGACAUCAAAGAAAUCAAAUUCUUUAGAGUCUGCACUAAAAGAAAAGAAACCCAAAGAGAUUGGACUUGCAGCUCAAAUGAUGUCCCCUGACAGGAAGUCGCAACCUAUUGAUGGCCAGAAUUCAAAAGAUUGGUUGGCAGGUCAUCAAAUUAAGGAGAACCUACCUGCUUCUCCAAGACCAGAUCAAAACCGGCCAACUGGUGUUCCAACUCCAACAUCAGUUAUAUCCUGCCCAAGUUAUGAGGAACUAAUGCAGACUCCUCGUACUCCAUCAUGUAGUGCAGAGGAUUAUCCUGACCUCAUGUUCGAUGGUAUAGACUCUCAGAACUCAUCUGCUAUGACCAUGUCUAUGAAUGCUUGCUCUCCAUCUUUCUUUGACAGGUAUGCCAAUGCACCAAACAGCUUCCAGGAGAAUCCUUGUUUAACUCCCACAAAGAGCCUUCCAAUGUCUAGUCUCUACCGAUCAGCAUCAGUUGAUGUCAGAAGAGCUUCUGAAGAAGAAUUUAAAAUCGAUUCUGAUAAGUUCCUCCGGCAACAGAGUGUGCCAGUCACCUCUGAGAUUGAUUCCUUGGUCCCACAUAUCCCAGAAGAAAAACCUGUAUCAGUGGAAAGGCUUGAUUGCCUCUCUCCUCAUUGCUGUUCACCUAAUGUUGGAAUGCCCUCACCAAGACUUGAACCAGCUCAGCCAUCUUUAGAAAGUGCAUCCACUGCUAUUACUACCACAGACAACAUGGAAAACCUCCAAGAAGGCAGUGUAUAUAACAACUUCCUAAGCAAGCCUUCAAGUCCAUUGCAUAGGCCUGAGCCUCAGGAACCUUGUGUAGACAUUGCUGCCCCUCCUACUCCUGCCCCUGCAGCUCUUCCCCCUCUAGAUAUAGAAGAGCCCUCAGAGCCACACCAGCCACUACCACUGUUGCCCCCAAGUGAGCCCAGUCAUGUUCCAUCAGAACCAUCAGAUGGCAGUGAUUUCCUGCCACCAGAAGCAGAAGAUCAAGACGUGGAGCAGGAAGGGGCAGAUGAGGGUGAAGAGCAUGAACCAGAGGAGGCAGAAACCACAGGUGAUGAUAGCUCCUUUGUGGCUUGUGUUUCAGAAACUGUCAAAAAGGACUGGACAGAAUCUCCAGAAAGAUGUGAUCCAGAAGUGGUGCUUCCUUCUCUGCCUCCAGUGAGCCUGGUGGAAAACACAUCAGAACCCACGGUCAGCUGGAGUGUAAAUUCUGAGAUGCUUUUGAAAUCUCCUCAGAGGACUAUUGCGGAUCUGUCAUCUUCCACUAAGGUCACCUCCUUCACACUUGCUGAAGAAAACUUGCAGCACCUUCCCACAUCACUCAGCUGCCAUACUUCAGCAACACCACCCUACCCUAUGUCCCCCACGCCUUUUCCUGUGCCUAUUUCAGAGCCUGACUUUGAAGGACACAAAGACAGUGUGGAUGAAACACCCAUUCAGUCAAAGCCCAUUAUAGCAUCUGUUGAGCCUGAAUCUAACCUUAUGACCUCCACUUCCAGACUGGAAUCAUUUUUCACAGAUUGCAAGCCCCUCCCUGAACGCAGUGAGUUGAUUCCAGACACUCCUUGCUUAACAACGGAGAACCGACAAGAUACCCUGUCUAAUUUAGAAAGUGGAUAUAUGGCUGAGAGCAGCAUGGCCCCUCUUCCAAGCCAUGACCCAGUAGUGCCAUGGGCAGACCCAUUCUCUAGCACAGUAGAUGACUUAGAUUUGGGUCCUUUUUCUCUCCCAGAAUUGCCUUUUCAAGAUAAGGAAAUGCAGGAUCCUGAUAUAGCAGAUCCAGAAUUGCCAGACUUCAAAACUCCUCUGGCUCAAACUGCAUCACUGACUGCUGAGGUAAAGGAUGACUCUGAUGUUAUGGAGGCAGACUUCCCAGUCCAUAAAGAUGAAACCCCUUCCUCUCUAGCUGUUGUGCCUCUGAUUGAAUCAGCACCUCAUGUGUUCACCAUUUCUGAAGACCAUAAGUCAGAGCAGGAACAGGAAUCUGAAACACAGAAAGUUCCAGAGAACGACGCAAUUGGUAUUGGCGUUCCAGAAGAGACGCCAACUUUGAAAGAGAAUGAUGAAACCGAUGGAAAUCUGCAGUUUUCCAUCUCGCAGAGUGAGCAAGCUGAUGCAGACAACAAUCAUGAGAAUGAGAUACAGGAUUCAGUGGCAGAUGAGUCCUUACCUGUUGGUAAUGCUCCGAGAUAUGACACUGAAGCUUCCAUGGAUCAGGCAAAUAAUACCCAGGCUCCUGUCAGUACAGGCGUUCAGUCUAAUCCUGUUCAUUCUGUGCCAGUGCGAUCUGGGGUUACACAGCCAAGUAUGUUGCAGGUUUCAGAAGCCCAUGAGACACCACCCAAGCCUGCUGUUACCACAACCCCUGUGGAGGCUCCCAGGCCAACAAAGGUGGAGGAGAUUCCCCAGAGAAUCACCAGGAACCGUGCUCAGAUGUUGGCCAACCAGAAUAAGCAGAAUAAUGCAACUACUGUAUCAUCUGCUCCUCUUCACAACACCAUCACUACCACUGCUCCCGCAGAUAAGGAAAAGGAGUCCAUUACCACCACGACUUCCAGUGCUGGUGUUACCACGCCUGCUGUGGUCAGCAAGAGCAAAGGCAGGCCUGCAGAGGAGGACGAUGCUCAGGCACAGCAUCCGCGCAAAAGAAAGUUUCCCAAGUCAAAUCAGCAGCAGGUGCAGACACAGCUGGUCAACACCACCAUGCAGCAGACACGGGAAAUGAUUCAACAGACACUAGCAGUCAUUGUUAAUGCCAUUAAGUUAGAUGACAUUGAACCUUACCACAGUGACCGCUCAAACCCCUACUUUGAGUACCUGCAGAUCCGGAAAAAGAUUGAGGAGAAGAGGAAAAUAUUGUGUUACAUCACACCGCAGGCACCUCAGUGCUAUGCUGAAUAUGUCACCUACACCGGUUCUUACCUGCUGGAUGGCAAGCCCCUCAGCAAGCUCCACAUUCCUGUGAUUGCUCCUCCUCCUUCUUUGUCUGAGCCUCUGAAAGAGCUGUUCAGGCAGCAGGAGGCUGUCCGAGGUAAACUGAGGCUUCAACACAGCAUAGAGAGGGAAAAGCUGAUAGUUUCAUGCGAGCAGGAAGUCCUCCGAGUUCACUGCAGAGCAGCAAGAACGAUAGCGAACCAGGCUGUGCCCUUCAGUGCCUGCACCAUGCUUCUGGAUUCUGAGGUCUAUAAUAUGCCUUCAGAGACUCAGGGUGAUGAAAACAAGUCUGUGAGAGAUCGCUUUAACGCCCGACAGUUCAUAUCAUGGAUCCAAGAUGUAGAUGACAAAUAUGACCGAAUGAAGACCUGCCUGUUAAUGAGACAACAGCACGAAGCAGCUGCACUCAAUGCAGUUCAGAGGAUGGAGUGGCAACUCAAAGUGCAGGAGCUGGACCCUGCAGGACACAAAUCUCUCUGUGUAAAUGAGGUCCCUUCAUUUUACGUGCCAAUGGUCGACGUCAAUGAUGACUUUGUGCUGUUGCCCGCGUGACAGGAAUACUCAAAACUGUAAUUGGUAAAAGACAAACAGAACGUAUGGUAAGGGCUAGCCAGUUUGAAAAGGAAUACUUUCUUGAAAAUACGUUAAAUAAACUUGCUAAUGAAUCCCUUGGACAAAAGGAGGAAGCAUCUUUUUACCGGGAAAACACAAAUUGCACUUUUACCCUACAAGUUUUGAUGCUUUCAUUUUGAUAAAGCAGAUGGCUAUGCUUUUAAGCUGCCCUCUCCGUAUGAUUUUUUUUUUGUAAAGGGGAGGAUGUGAUUUUCAUUUUUUUGUUUUUUUUUGUUCCCAAAAAAAUAAAACUAAAAAAAAACAACUUGCAGAAAUGCAGAUCGGAGCCAGAGAAAAGAAGGCGGCAACAGAGAAGCCAGCAGAGCAAGAGGAAAAAGGGGUGGGAUGCAUACAGACAUUAGUGGAGAGCCUAUUAAUACUGCCCUUCAGAGCUACUAUAGAAGCAUUCAGUGACUGUGCUCAGCAUCUCCCCUUGCUCUCUCUACUGCAGCUGCUCCGUGACAUUUUUGGAAGUAACAGCAAACAUCCACGGACUGUAUCAUGCAAUCCAAUUGGAAAAUUAAAGAGAAUCGCAUGGGGAGUUUUAAGAGGUGUGUAUACAUGUAUGAAUCUCUGGUUAGAAGCAAUACUUGACACCUUCAGCUUCACAGGAUAGAUCUCGUGGACACAGAUGCUGUAUCUGACGAGAAAAUGAGGAAGUGGUGAUCACAAGUUUGCAUGCAGGUUAAAUCGGCCUCUACUUCUUUCACAACUAAGUAUUCAACACCUGUCCACCGCAAACAUCUGCAUAAGGCAAAGAAGAAUGUUGGAAUUCAAGAGGAAAAGACUGCAUUCAGAGAAAAAAAAGUUUUAAUGGAGUAUAUUCUCUUUUUUGGUCUAUAUUUCUUUACUUGGGCAUUUCAUUGUUUCUCUUUCUGAGAAAGUGACUUGAAACACUACAGAGCCAAUAUUAGUUUAAAGGAAAAAAAAUGAAAAAAAAAUGUAUCCCGUAAAUUCUGUACAGUUUUUAUAUACGUUAACCAAUGUAUUCUCGCUGCCUUCUAGAUAAUUUAUUUUGCCACACAUUACUGCACAGUUGUAAAUAACUUAUGUACUGUAACAUCACUCUCAGUUAAAUGUAAAAAGAAAUAAAUAAAAAUUAUCUUUGUAUGUACAGUUCACUUUUGGGCAGCACUUUUCCCUUAUAACAUGGGCCAAAAUAUGUACACAUUUUCAGUAUUUUAAAGAGUCUCCCGUGCACAGAAUUGAGACAGACACCCCACAUUCAUUAGAUUGCAGGUGAGCAAUUAGACAAGUGGUUAAGAAUAAAAAAAUUACUUUGUUAGAAACCCCUGCACUCUUUGAACAAUAAUCAGACUGUAACAACUGCAAUCAUAUUCUUCAGAUGUAGCAGAAUGGUUAUGAGAUAAUGUAAAAAAUAAUAAAAAUAAGCUUUGCUAAGACAAAAUAUUUCAAAACCAAGAAAAUGCCUUUUAUAGUCAGCUGUUAAUCUGCUCAUACAUUGUGUAAAUAAAGGUACCAUGCUACAAAUCUAGAAUUCAGAAACUAUUGUUGCUACAUUGUAGUAGACAUUACAUAAUACUAAGAAUUCAGAACACCAUAAAUUAUUAUGCAUAUGUACGUGGCAUUUAUAACUAGGGGUCUACUCAAUUCGCAAUUUCACAGAGAUGAAAUCACAUGGCCAGUGAAACUAACUUUCAAAAUUUACUUCUUAAAUUUGAUUCCCUUGACAAUGCGAUUUUGCCCAGUGGAUCUUUGAGAGCCUCUGUUUUAACUAUUGUUAACUCCUAUAAAGUGAGCCUGCCAACAGGCAGGGAAAACAGUCAAGUUGAAAGGACAGAUGAUUGUAUAGGAUGUAAAGUGAUACCAUCCAAUCAAGCUAAGUAUGUAUCCUUCGUGUGAAGCAAUUAUAAGCGGAACGUUUCCAUGCAGAUUGUGGUAAAAUACUUUAUCUUCCGUUGUGACUUUUCAUUGGUUCAGAGAAGCAUAAAAUCAGUAGCAUUUGGCUUUGGAAUUGUCUCAAACAGGUCUACUGGCGAUGUAACAACCCCCAGCGAAUCCUUAAGUUAGACUGUGUUCAAUGUUUAAAGGACAAAAAUAGUGUAGCCGGAGGAGAGGCAACAGUGGAACUAAUGGAAGACUUUGCUGCUGUCGUCAUAUUUUAAGAAAAACAAUGGAUAAUCUAUUUCAAAGCAGUAGCACAGGUAGCAUCUAGUAAAGGCUUAGAUUUCUAAACCUUUUCUCUAAGCUUUUGGAUUGUUCCAUCUAUUGUAUUACUCAAGAAUAUUAAGAAAUUACCUCCUACAUUUACUAUUAUUGCUGUAACCAGUCAAUGAGUAUAAGUCUCUGCGAGUUUAGUAGACCCCUAAUCAUAACUAUGAAAGCAAAUCCAGGUUUGAGCUUGUUCUAUUAAUCAACGGGGUUAUAUAUAUAAAUUAUAUGUAAGUAUGGUUGUAAUUUCUAAAACCAAGGAUAAUACUGAUUUUUUUAGAUUCCUGAAUUUUUAUUAUUGUCAAUGCCUCUCUUUCACUGAGCACUCAAUAUAUUAAACAUACCUUCAUAUUAAUUUGGUUUUAUACUGAAGACCCUGCAUGGCGUUUUUCCAGCAGUCAAGUUAUUUCUUCAUAACCCUAGCUUUAAUCUGUUUUGUCCUUAUUAUGAUACAAUAUAUAGACGUAAAACAGUUAUGGGUAUAAGUACAUAUGUAAUUUUAAAACAUUUGAUUGACACAAUCAAAAUUAGUGGCAUUUCAAAUGUUUGUAUUCUUACAAAAAAUGCCACAACUCACCCAACUCGGCCAUCUUUCAGUAUAUUUCAGCCUUAAUUUGUUCUUCCUUAAUUUAAAAUUUUAACAAUACCUUUCCAUUGAUCUAUUUGCUGUCUAUUGGUCUUGUAGGCCUCAGUAUCACUUCACUACUAGAGGAUGCAAAAAAAUAACCACAGUUGUCAUACUUCAGUUGUUAUAGCUUUUCUUUAUAACAACUUUUUUUCUUAAAAUAGACUACUUUGUCACAUCCAUUUGGAAUAGCCAAUUGUGAUUUUCAUAUCCUGUCUACAAACCGGACAGACAAAGUCAAUGGAGGAUUCUGAUGUGUAGGCUGGCUCCUCUGUCCUUCCUACCUUUGAGUCACUCAUUUUGAACAUGCCACAUACUGUACAACACAGGCCUGUACCUGAGGUGCGGUGCUGAUUUAUUGGAGAGGCUCUUUCGUUACUCAGAGCACCAAGCUUCUAGGGUCUAUAUCAACUCUACCCCCAUGGCACAGAGCUCAUACAGAUUCGAACCCGAGUUCGACUGCUGCUUAAGUGCCGUUGCAGGUUGAGAUGCUGAGGAGGCCCCUAACAAAACUUUUUUUUUAAUUCUAAGAAUUUUCAGUAUAGACAACAUGUAGGUUACCUUGGUAUUGACAUUCUAAAGACGAAAUGCAGGUUUCAUCAGAUAUCGAAAAGCAACAACUGUUUUUUGUGUCACGCACACAUUAAAAAAAAAAGUAGCUGUUUGUUUCAUGGUUUGGCCUUUUUAUUCAACUUUAUCACCCGUUUUGGCUUUUUUUAGAAGUACAAGAUUUUGCUUUAUUAAAAAAAUCUUUGUGAGCCAUACAGACUUUAAAAUAAACACUCAUUGAUUUGGAAUUACUGCUCUAAUGCUGGACUUUUUAACCAUUCAUUUUAGACCCAAAAUACUCAAAAAGUACAUUUUCAACCAAAAACCUUAUUGCAGUAAUGAAAAAGGAUUAGAGGUUGGUGAAAGAAAGGCAGUCCACCUUACACUAAUAUGUAAGUGUUCAUUGCAUUUUUUUUUAGUAAGCUGUUGUACCUGUUUUUAAACCAUAAAGAGAAUAUAUAAUCGUCAAGUCUAUGUGAAUGUUAUGGUUUCUUUUGUUUUUAUCUUUGCGUUUAUAACGGUUAUUCUGCUUGUAUCAUGUACUCUUGUUCAAAUAGUUUAACUGUGGGGCUCAGUCAGGACAAAAACCCAUUUUUGCCUAUUCCCAACAUGCUUUUUAUUUGGUUUUGUAAGUACAGACACACAGUAUUCAUAUGCAGAAAAAGGUGCAAAAUGGAGUGUGGAGAAAACAAGCUUGUCCAUUAUUUCAGUCCACGUAAUUACCAUAGGUGUGAUUAAGGUUUUCAGUAUCUUGGUUGUUACAUUUAGGGCAGUCGUCUUAAUCUGUUUUUGUCUGUCUUGGUGGAUCGUUCUUGGCUUGUUCAGAAUGACUCUUAGCCAUAUGAACUCUCCGCACGCCUGAGCUCAUAAGAUCACGCACUGGCUGAGCUGUGUGUGUUACCUGUCUGGUACUUCUGGGUAAAUGAAAAUAUAAGCCACCUAUCUGGUCUGUUGCAGUUUCUGAGGCCUGUAUUUUUGUAAUCAGUGGAGGUGUAGUUUUCUGAACAGGUUGAAAUAUAUAAUUGGGCCAAUAACGCAGAGCAUUGGAACUGUCCUGCAAAUUUCAGAAAAAUGUAAAUCGGUGCCCUUUUUUAUAUUUGGUGGGUCUGUAAGAAUUGGGUGCGUCUGCGUGUGCAUAUAUGCAUGCGUGUAUAAGGGUGCAGCAGUUUUAAGUAGCUCUCAUUUUAGAUUUUUUUCUAAUAAAGUCAAAAGCUCAGAUGCAUAGAAUUCCUACAAUAGUAUAAAUAAUAGGAUCUUCAUAAAAUAAGUCAGUAUUUGUACUUCAGUGCUUCAAUGUUAUCUUCUUUUAAGUUGAUUAAAUUUCUUCUUUGGUCCCAGAAAAUACUAAAUGCAUUGUUUCAAAAUGAUUGUAUUGUUUUAUUCUCCACUACUAACAUUUAUUUGAAUGCUAUUUUUAUGUUGUCUUUUGUAAGUAUACAAAUACGCUGAUCUAGGUGACAGCGAGCUGAUCAAAACUGUGUUGCACCUUUAUUAUAUAUUCACACAUCCACACAAAGUUUAAUUGUAGCAUAUUCUCAACUCCAAGCAGAUCAUGAGUAAGAUCUCUGAUUUCGGCCAUUGGAUAUAUGCACAAAUACUCAGACUUCACAAAUGUUAUUUGAAGAUGCUAAUUUAAAUCAAAAACUGACAUCUGCACCAAGAGAAAAUUUAUGGUUUGGAAUGAAUUCUGUAUGUCUGUGCAUUUUCAAACGGUAUUUAAAAUUUGAUGUCUAUAUAGUCUUGUAUUCUGGUAUGAAGCAUAAACACGUGUAGCAUGUUGUCACAUUGCUUAUAACAGAAUGUAUACUGUCACUGUCCUCUUUCCUACUGUUGUUUACAAGACAUAAAUCAUCUAUUUUGUCAUUCAAAAGUUGAGCCCUGCCUUUAUUUCUUUCCUAUAAAGGCUUGAAAUUGUGAAGAUGAAUGUUGAAAGACUGUUUACCAAGGAAAGUGUAGACUUCAGUAUGUAUUAAACUGUUGCUUCCAUUUCUCUGACUGUAAUGAAAACCACCUUUCAAUGUAGGGCUUUCAAGAGGUGGAAAUUGAUAUGUACCCACUAUAAAAUGUCUUUUGUUAGCGUUAAAAAAAAAACAUUAUUUCUCUUAGAGCUGGUAGAAUUCUAUUAGUGUUCUUGAUUCUUUUUCUAGUCCAGCAAGUGACCCCCCAAAAAACAGGCUACUUGGUUCACAUAAGAUUUUCCAGAUAGACUGUCACACUCUUUUUACUCAAGAGUAUGUAAUUUGUGUCAUUAGGAUAUAGGAAAUGUUUGCUGACAUUUGCAAAUUCAGUGGCAUUUACAUGACAAAUUAGGUUUUCAGAUUGGUAUGCAUUCUUCAUUAUUCAUGGAAAAGAAUGCUUCAGCUAGUAUUUUUUUCUCCAUAGAUCAUGCCCAUUAAUGCAUCAUCAUUACAGUGUCAUGUUUCACGACAACAGGUACUGACCUUCCUCUCCAUUAAAAGCACUUAGCAGUCAGCUAAAGUCUGUUUUUUGUGACUACUGUUUCAUCUGCAAUGUCAUACCUCUACUGCUAAAAUGUUAAUUUGGUCUUUAAACGUCUAACAUAAAAUAAUACUGAACAUUCAAAAUGUGCAUCACAAUUUCAAGCCUUGCAUAUGUUCUUUUUUGUAUUAACCUAAACCGGAAAGUAGCUGUGUUUUAAAAAUUAAUAAAGCAUGGAGAACUACUCUUUAAAUGGUGAAAAAAUAUUUAUUAUCUUCUGACACCUGUGGUAUGUUGGAGUCAAGUCUCUGCUGUGUAAAUUUCCCUCUUGUAAUGCAUAAUGAGACAUUGUAUAUAGCUGUAAAUAACUCACAGGACGUUUUGCACCCUUCUCUUUGUACUAGUCUAAACUUGCGUAGAAUGUGGGGUUAAAACAGCGACGAGACAGUGCGCUGUUGGUGAUGUAACAAUGUAAUUUUUUUGUACAAUGUAGUUUAAUUGUGUACAUAUUGUUGGAGCAGCUAUGGGGUUUGUUGAUGCUGUUGUCAGUGCUGCUACAGUUCCAGUACUGUCACCUCUAGCUGUAUGAUUUCCUGCAAAAAAAUGAAAAAAACUUAACUGAGAAUAAGAAAAAAAAUAAAAUAAAAAUGUUAUUUUCUACAGUUGCAUGUACAGAGAGCGCGAGAAAUGCUGUUUGUCCCUCAGAGAUUAUGUUCGUAAAUAAAUUUUUAAAAUACUU